AUGAGAGAAGUUAGUUUAUUUCCGCACAAUCCCACAAAAUGUCGUAGUGUUGAUUCGUUAGAACUGUUUGAAGACACAGAAAAUUAUGGCCAACGCCUCUUCGGUUAUAUACAUCCGCCGAAAAGUGCAUUUUAUAAAUUCGCUAUCGCAGCCGACGAUAUCGCUGAAUUAUGGUUAAGUCCUGAUAGUAGUCCUGAAAAGAUGAAAAAAAUCGCCUUUGUUGAACCAUGGCAAAAAAUUAAACCUAAUCAAUUUCAACUAGUUAAAAAUCAAGAAUCUAUCCACAUCUAUUUAGAAGCGAAUAAAAAGUAUUCUAUCGAAGUAUUACAUGCACAAGCGGAGAAGAAAGGAUUUGUUCAGGUUGCUUGGAAGAAAAGCCAACGACGAAAUUCACAGUAUACAAUUAUUAGUAGCCAAUAUUUGUCCUUAACAAAAAAUUACAUCUACAACAUGCCCGGUUAUAUUGUUCAACGUUUUCGUAAAGCUGGUCAUGGCCUACAAAUAUGGUAUAAGAAGCAAAAAGAAAAUGUCCCAUUUGCUAAGAAAUUCCACUUGUUACCUAUGUUGGAUCAGAAAUAUCUCGAUGAUAUUAAAUCGAAAUGUAGAUAUAAACCUCCAAGUUAUGUCUUACAACGCGGGUAA